AUGAGCAAAUACAUCAAAGAUGAUUGGCCUACAAUGCCAGAUGGCAGCCCUUUUGAUGGCAAAGGGCUCCUUUCCCUCGUUAAUGAUGGCAAGAACCCGUUUGAUGGAGUCUGGGACGUUAAUCUUCUCAUUCUGGAGAUUGAAAGGAACCUUAGAGUAAAUGUCAUCGAUAUCCCAUUCAUAUUUAAGGGCGCCAACAAUUAUGGCCUUCAUCUGAAAACUGACGACGGACUAGACCUCGUCGCUCGUCUGGCUCGCGGCGACGUCAACAUGCCCGAAUUCGAUGGCCUCCCAAUUGGUGUGCAAAUCGCAGAGAUCAAGUUCGAAGCGGCAACAUACCAGCUUUUAAGCUCAGAGCCCCGUAUUCUAGUCUCACGUCUGCUCUACUACCGCAUCCCCACGCAGCACGGUGGGCCUGUAGUCAAGCCUCCUCGGAAUCUUGCAGGCCGUCGUUUAAUGGUAUUCGAGAGAGCAGAGGGGGGCAACGAGGUCUGGGAUGACCUAGAUGAGCAAGGAAAGACUUUUCUCCUCGUUCAGGCAGCGGUCAUUCGCGCAUCCCUCUUCAAAUUCAACCCCCCGCUUGCAUUUAGCAGCAUGUGGUUACUUGAUCGCCUUCUUGAGCAAAAGCCCACGUCAUUCAGCAUCCCAGUCGCUCCCACCCGCGAGUUCUGCAUCCAUCUCUUUGAGUCCAAGAUCCAAGCAACCAUCAAAACCUUAGGCGAAGCAAUCGGAUGGCCCAGUGAUAAUUACACGGUCGGGCCAAAAACUUUUGCAGCCAAGCAGUCCCUUUUGCGCCUUGUUCCACAGAUCAUGCCUACAGGCACGGAAGAUAGUUGCUUUUACAGGCUUGUGCUUGAACAUGGCGACUUCGGGAUCCACAAUAUGUCCAUCACAACGGACUGGAACGGCACGCCGCGGGUCACAUCUGUGUAUGACUGGGAGACUGGCUGUAUCCUCCCUGCGCUUUUGUCAGACCCCUUGAUGGCCGUGACGGUCGAUCUAGUAGUGGACGCGGACGCAAAGGCCGCCGUCACGAGAGCACCUGAUAGUGCGGACGAAGAGGAUCGCAGGGAGUUUAAGAAAUGGGCUGACUGUUACUUCAAGGUUCUGUUCAAUGAAGCACCUGACUAUGAACGCGUAAUUCAAGCAGGGCAAGACGCACGCUUUGUGUGGUUUGCGUUACAAGACUGGUCAGGAGAUGACCCGGAGACGUAUUUUGGUGAUCUGGGCACUUGGGCCGAAAGCAGGAUGCGGCGAUGAGAUUUGCAUCGGCCCCGGAGCGACAUAGCAGGCUGUUUUUAGUAGUAGACCCAGUGGCAUCUCGCACAGUCACCCUCAAGUUCAAAGCAACCGCAAUUAGAAUGGUGAGUGUGGGAUGAAUUGGACAGUCACGUGCAUGGACCACAGAUCGUGCCCAAUUCCUGAAGCCCAGGGGAUGACGUUUUGAACAAGUCUCGAAGCUGUAGGCGUGCUUCUAAGCGGUGUAAUGGCUGCCAGUCAAGCGAUCCAGUGGUUGCCGUAUGGAUGUCUCCCUGAAGAAGAUGCUCUUUCGAAACUCCUCUUCACGACCGAACAAUAAGGUGUUAUAUUCACCAGUGAAUCCAUCCUCUCCCCGGCCUGUGCAGCUUCACGCCCGCCUCCUUUCACCUCACCUUCACCUGCUCGCGCCGGCUCAAUUCCUCCUC